CGUGACGGUACAUGCCAUUGACUAAACAAGACGGCUAUCACCCUCCGAUAACCCAAUAAUACGCAGAUAUCGGGCAGACGACUCCGGCAGCACUGUCCGUCCAACGAUGUCCAAGAGCAAGAUCGACGUCCACCACCACGUCUACCCCCCUGUCUUCGCCGAAGCGUUGACCAAGGCGGGCGGCGACCCGUCCGGCUGGUACAUCCCUCCCUGGACGGUCGAGAUCGACCGACAGAUCAACGACGCCGUCAACAUCGGCACCCCCAUCCUCUCCGUGACCGCGCCAGGCCCCGCGAUCGUCAAGGAUGCCAAGGGCGCCGCCUCGCUCGCGCGCGCAUGCAACGAAUACGUCGCCGGCGUGCGCGACGCCUCCCCCGCCGGUCGCUACGGCUUCUUCGCCUCCCUCCCCUCGCUCUUCGACACCGCGGCCUGCCUGACCGAGCUCGCCUACGCGCUCGACGUCCUCCACGCCGAUGGCGUCACCCUCUUCACGCGCUACGGCCCCGCCAACGCCUACCUCGGCCACGAGGCCUUCGCCCCCGUCUGGGAAGAGCUCAACCGGCGCAAGGCCGUCGUCUUCGUCCAUCCCACGCACGCCGUCGACCCGCGCCCCGCGAACAAAAACAUGCCCUUGCCUCUCGUCGACUACCCGCACGAGACCGGGCGCACCGCCGUCGACAUGAUCCUCAGCGGCGCCACGCGCCGCUACGCCGACUGCAAGAUCAUCCUCUCGCACGCCGGGGGCACCCUGCCCUGGCUCAUCCACCGCGUCGUCGGCCUGGCCCCGUUCACCCCCACCGCGCUCACCGAUCUGUCCCAGGACGAGGUCAUCGAAGAGGCGCGCAGGUUCUACUUCGACACCGCGCUGUCCGGGAACGACUUCGUCCUCGGCGCGAUCCUCAAGUUCGCCAAACCGGGACACGUGUUGUUCGGGAGCGAUUUCCCGAACGCGCCCGAGGGGAGUAUCCGGUACAAUACCUCCGGGUUGGACAGGUUCGUCGCCGAGAACGGAGGCGCCAGCGCGAGCGUCUACAACGAGGCCGCGCUCGCGCUCUUCCCCCGGCUGAAGGAGUUUUACGCUCAGUAAUUUGAAAAGACGUCGCAGACCAAGUCGGACGCGGUGUUGUAGCGUACUGCAAUCGUUACCGUCAAACAAAGCACAUGCUG